AUGUCGUCAAUCGCACGGCCUCCAGAUCCAUGCCUCGUGGCAAUCAUUCUCAUAGUACGUUCGCGUACAGGCCCGCGCUUGGUCUUCCACUACCCUCCGAACCCCCUCAGCGAGAACCGUUUCAAAGCCACGACCAAGGGCGGUCGCCGCACCUCCCGCACUCGCACUCGACAAGGCUCCAAGAACACGGAUUCAAGCUCGAGUGACGAUAGUGGACCGAGCUCCGACGAGGACGAGGAGGAACGUGAACCACAAAGUCAAAGUCAGAAUCAGAAUCAGAACCUGGCCGCUAGUCAUGGCAAUGGUGCAAGCUCUAUACUGGCUGGCCGUCGCGCGAGCAAUUUCGCCCUUGACGAGCUGUUGUCAAAUGCUACCUCUCCUGCGGCCGGCGACACCCAGCGACCUGGCUCGCUAGGCUCCGGCCGCGGUUCGUCAAUGCGCAAACGCGGCGGUGCGGGCUCCGACCCUGAGGAGGACGGAGCAACAUCUGAUCUACCCGAUGAUGGCCCCGGAAGCUCUAGACCGCCUUGGGAGUCACUCCUAGGGGUGCCUGGAAGUGUAUGGGAAAAACUGCUAAGUCCUUCACGCUCGUGGCACAAGCGGCGCUUUGAGGUCGGGAUCAACGACCUCGCGCUCAUUGGAUGGCCUGUCUUUGUGCGAGAAGAUGGUUCAUGGCGCAAGCAACGACGCAAGAAGAAAAAGAAGCCCCGCGCCGAUUGGGAUGGGGGCGAGCUGGGUCACAAUGAGAACCCCGAGGACGGUCAGAAGGAUGAACGCUUCGUGAUGUCUCCAGACUUGGGUGCUAGUGUUGCUUCCAUUGCGGACUCCGUGAUAUCGCCCACAGAGAGCAAACGUGGGUCGACCAGUGGGAGACCUGGCAAACCCGAUGAUGCCUUUGACCCCGAAGACAAGGAUCAUAUGACGAUGUUCAAUGUGGUUUUCGUCGUCGAUCCGCCUUUGUUGGAAUACUCAAUGCGCGUCAAGGAGAUAUACGAUAAUAUCAUCAAGAAGUUUGCCAAAGCUCUCAAAUGGGAGCAAGCUCGCACCGACUAUGUGUGGAAAGAGUCCCAGCACAUCUUACAAGUCAGAAGAAGAGCCAGGGAGACCAAGACGUCGACUCACAAUUUGUACUCUGAACUGAUCUCCCAAUCCUCACUGGCCCGCGCAAUCUACACAGUGUACAGCAGCAUAUCGGCAUCCAAAAUCGCAUCUGUGUCGCUGAGCCCCGAUGUCUCGAUCUCCCUCCAGAUCCCACCACUGACCUCUACCCCAUGCCUUGCUGGCCCCAUGGACAAAUCAUACCCGGGUCUAUGGCUGACAACAGCAGACAGUGCCACCCCGGCUGACGAUCCCGGGAUCGACGAGAACAACAAUCCCCAUCAAGUCCUAGCAAAGCACUUUGCUUUGCUCUUGCUGGACAGCGAAGCUGCCAUCAUCAAAGAUGUCGAAGCCUCUGGUGGAGCGCUAGCACCCGCACUUGCGCACUACAUCCGAUGCUCUAAACCAACCAAGUCAUUUGCGCAGAUCUCAGUGUCUUCGGGGAUUCCCCUCUCGCACAUCCAGAUGCUCUCAAGCCAUCUUGUGUAUUGGCGACGCGCUCGGGCCAUUCCUCCCAUCCACCAGAGAGAUACAUACAUUGUUUCUCCGAACUGCGAUCUGAGUAAGCUGGAGAUAGCCACCGUUGCUUACCAGACAGCGUUCCCAACAUAUCCGAGUCUGCCGAAGAUGCUGUCUACUCUCAGUGGCACUCCGCGGCCGUACAGUAACUUUAUCCCCAGCAAGGACCACAAGGAGAUAUACUUCACCAUUCUGGCAUGGCUAUUACGUGGUGGCUGGGUAACCCAGCUUCGUACCUUUGCUCGCAUCAAAGUCUCACCAGAAGUUAAGAUGGCCGUGGAGAUGGCUUUACGAAAGGAAGAGGUCGACCGUUAUCUGGCUAAAGGUGUCUCGAACUCCCUCUCGGUCGACGAAGAUAGUGACGACGAGGAACUCGGCGACACGCACUCUUCCUCGUCAUCUUCCCUUGCAAGCCACGGCAGCGGAGAAGAAACACCCAUGCCCGGCCGAGUCGACCCGCACGCGCAACUCCGAUUCUCCCACAAGCUCCUUGACCGCUCGACCGCUCUCCGGCUGUCUUCUUUCAUUCUAUCUCCACACAGGGCAUCUCCCCUGGAGUCUCGUUGGCUUGAUGAGAUUGUCCGCCGAUUCCCAGACAACCCCAAGACUGACCAGGAUGAGGAAAAUGCCAGCCCAGACAUUACACCUAACGAUAUCCAGGCCAUACAUAAGAAAUACUGGCCGGUGUUCCUCAAAUAUUUCAAUGGCCACGACGCCUUGGAGAAAAUAUCUGUGCGCGAGAAUCUCAAACGCAAGUUGGUCUGGCAGGUUCUCAUGCGAUUGGGGUUGGUGACUGGUCCACUGGGGUCGAUCGAUCUCGAUGCGCGUGAACAGGUCUUAGUCAGUGUACGUCACUGGUGA